CCGCGCGCAUAAAGGAGCCUAGAGGGCCAGAGGCCGGCAAACGCCACCGCGGCCCCUUCUUCGCGCCUGGCUCGUCUCUGCUCGCGAUGCAGCUGCCCUCUGGGACACCGCGGGACGCGUUGCUGGCCGGCUGCCUCUUGCUGCUUCUGGGGCAAGCCUGUCCCCAGGCGGUCAAGAAGGACAACAGAGAGAUCUGCCUGCAGCCACCACUGAAAGGACCCUGCCGGGCUCUUCACGACAGAUGGUAUUAUGACAGAUACACACAGACUUGCAAGGAAUUUACAUAUGGCGGCUGUGAGGGGAAUUCCAACAACUUCCUAAGCAAGGAAGGUUGUGAGAAAACUUGCUGGAUGAUCAGAAAAGUUCCCAAAAUAUGCCGGCUGGAAUCUGAUGAAGGACCAUGCAGAGGUUUAUUCCAAAGAUACUUCUUCAACCUAAGUUCAAUGGCCUGUGAGAAAUUUGGCUAUGGAGGAUGUUAUGGGAAUGACAACCGAUUUGACAGUGAAGAUUCCUGUAUGGACUACUGCCUGCCUUGGAAAAAUGGACCAUCACUUUGCUAUAGCCUUAAAGAUGAAGGAACAUGUUCAGGUUCAGUAACUCGCUUUUACUACAACAGAAAGACAAAAACCUGUGAAAAAUUCAUCUACACGGGAUGUGGUGGAAAUGAAAACAAUUUUGUGAAGAUGAAAGACUGUAUCAAAGUCUGUAAGAAAGCAGGGAAGAAGCCGAAACCCAUGACAUGAGAAAUCAACAUUCUCAACAGCAGUCAGGAGGAAUACCACCUACUCUCUUUACUUUGAAGAAGUCAACCAAUACUCUAUUUUAACUUAAUUUAUCCUUUUUAUAGCAAGCAAGCAAAAUGUUUAUCAGGCAUUAGUUACAAUCAUUAAUAAAAAGGCCAUUACUGCAUAACUAAGUAGCACAACAUCAAGAAUGGCACUAAUAAAUAAUUUUUUAAAAGCUUUAAGAAGAACAGGAAAAAGGUAUCUCAAGAUUAUUCACAAUUACCUCACAAAAUCUCAUAACAGCUAGCAACUUGAUUGCUAACGUAAGGGUUCCAGUCAGAUAAAAGAUAUAAAACUAAUCACUCGGAGUGACCCUUAAAUUUAUGUAAAAGAGCUAAUUAUAGGGUUCCUCAACUCAGUAUAAAAAGUACAAUAUAACAAAAUAUGAGAUGGAUGUUCAGGAACUCCCGCCCUGCGUGAGCAGUGUCUUUCCUGAUACGGAAUUCUCAAGCAUCUACCAUGAAGAAAUGCUAAGUAAAGCAUUAAACCUUGCAAAUUUAAAAGUUCUGCAGAUUUGUGGGGAUUUAAGGUGCUAUAAGUAAGCAGCUGAAACCCCGUAAUCUGACCCUAUGCCAUUAACAAUAGGAGAGCAUGUUCUAUUUGCUAAUGAAUACAAAACUUGUGUCACAAUGUCCAACGAUUUCUGAUGCAGCAAUCUAAUAGAUUGUUGUAUUCCCAAACAUAAAAACUAGUCAAGUGAAAUGCCAAUUGAAUGACUUUUGCACAAAAUUAAACAUGACCAGUUACUUGGAAAGUGUGCACAUAGUUAGAGUAAUCAGAUAAAUAAUGGAGGCGCUAUAAUUUGUAUAUAUUUCACAAUAUAUAUAUGUAAUAAAAUAACGUUCCUGUGUGAUCAGUUGUUCUGGUUUGCAACAAUCAACCGUGAAGUACAGUCUACAUGUAACACACUGUUCUGGACUAGAUCUAUGUGAGCUCUUCUGGAGAAGCUAAAUCCAGCAUUUGGGUAGCUGAACUUCAUUCAGAGAUCUCGGUUGGCAAAAGUGGACUCCACAAAAACAAUGCUCUACGCAUGUGUACCUUUCUCUACCACCCUCUGAAUGACUGGUUAUGUCUUCCGACCGAGUUGGCCAUUACCUGUAUACUGUUAUAUGGGGAAUGGCAGUAUAUAACUAUAUUACAGUAUAUACAGAAUAUAACGGUGUACUGUUAUAUGGGGAAUGCCCUUGUCCUCUUCAGUGUUUGAUUACAGCAUGCAGAGAAGGAGUCACAAAUUUAUAGGUUUUAGGAUAACUUUUCUAGAGCAUCUUGCUGUACCUGAAGAUGCCAGGAUCUUUUUAUAUAAGUAUUUUUAUAAGUUUAAAACAAUGUAAAUUAAAUUUGUGUACAUAGUCAUUAGUAAAGUGUAUUUAUACUGCCCUGCUGUAUUAGGAGAAGGGCAUAAGGAUUGUGCAGCUGAAGUAGGAGAUUCUGACCUUUUAGUCAAACAUUUUUCAGGACUGUAAAAAUAAAUAUUGCUGCUGUUUGUAUUUCAGUUGUGAACUUGUUAUGAAGAUGAUAAGGAAUAGCCAUCUCAUUCUGGUGUGUGUGUGUGUGUGUGUGUGUGUGCGCUUGUGUUUGUGUCAAGUUUAAGGGGGAAAUGUUUCAUAAAUAUUACACAGUCAUGUUUUCAUGGUAUAUACAAAUAACUGUAAGAUUAUUAUUAGCAAAUAAAGACAAUAAGCUAUUUAAAGUUUUC